CUCUUGACAACCGGCGGGCUGGGUGGAGGGACGGCCCCGCGCCGCAGCAGCAGCAGAAGGCAAACAUCGAGUAGGAGCAGCCGAGGCGGACAGAGAGGAGAGGAGAGCCACCAACGCAGCAGCAGACGUACUCUGACCACCCCGAGCUAUACCAUCGUCACGGCGUUUGGCGUCAACAGCCCAGUACGCUCUUGUUUUCGUCUCAUGCAUUUUUAGAAAGAGCCCGUCGUCAUCAUGACAGCGGAAGAAACCAUCAACGUGAAGGAGGUGGAGAUCAUCAAGGUGAUCCUGGACUUCCUCAACUCCCGGAAGUUACACAUCAGCAUGCUGGCCCUGGAGAAGGAGAGUGGCGUCAUCAACGGACUGUACUCUGAUGACAUGCUCUUCCUCAGGCAACUGGUUCUUGAUGGCCAGUGGGACGAGGUGCUGCAGUUCAUUCAGCCAUUAGAGUGCAUGGAAAAGUUUGAUGGAAAAAGGUUCCGCUACAUCGUGCUGAAGCAGAAGUUCUUGGAGGCUCUGUGUGUGAACAACGCCAUGUCGGCCGAGGACGAGCCGCAGCACUUGGAGUUCACCAUGCAGGAGGCCGUCAAGUGUCUCCACACCCUGGAGGAGUUCUGCCCCUGUAAGGACGACUACAGCAAACUGUGUCUGCUGCUGACCCUGCCGCGGCUCACCAACCACGCAGAGUUCAAGGACUGGAACCCCAGCACCGCGCGGGUGCACUGCUUCGAGGAGGCCUGCAACAUGGUGGCAGAGUUCAUCCCCGCCGACAGGAAGCUGAGCGAGGCCGGGUUCAAGGCCAGCGGGAACCGCCUCUUCCAGCUGCUCCUCAAGGGAGUCCUGUACGAGUGCUGCGUGGAGUUCUGCCAGAGCAAGGCCACCGGCGAGGAGAUCACGGAGGGCGAGGUGCUCCUGGGCGUGGACAUGCUGUGCGGCAACGGCUGCGACGACCUGGACCUGUCCCUGCUCUCCUGGAUGCAGAACCUGUCGGCCGGCGUCUUCUCCUGCGCCUUCGAGCAGAAGCAGCUCAACAUCCACGUGGACCGCGUGUCCAAGCCCGCCAAGACGGGCUACGCCGACCUGCUGACGCCGCUCAUCAGCAAGCUGUCCCCCUACCCGUCCUCGCCCAUGCGCCGGCCCCAGUCGGCCGACACCUACAUGUCCCGCUCGCUGAACCCGGCGCUGGACGGCCUCUCCUACGGCCUCUCGGGCCAGGAGAAGAGGGGCUCGGCCGGGGGCGAGCCGGCGGCGGGGAAGGGGGCGUCGCCCAUGUCCCACUCCUUCGCCAACUUCCACUACCCGGGGGCGCCGGGGCAGAGCCUGAGCCGCAGCCUGAUGAUGGAGAGCGCCGACUGCCACAGCAUCUUCGAGGAGUCGCCCGAGACCUCCAGGACGGACACGCCCGUGGACCCUGCCAUGCUGAGCUCAGGGGGAGCGCAGAGCCUGAGGCCGGCCUCCGCCCCCGGGGAGGACGCCCCCACCCCGGAGCUGGCCGACAGCACCGAGCUGCGCGACUCCACGGAGAAGUUUGAGGAGUUCUACCGCCAGCGGCUGCGCGUGCAGCAGCACCUGGAGCAGAAGCAGCAGCAGAGGCAGCUGUACCAGCAGAUGCUGCUGGAGGGCGGGGUCCAGCAGGAGGCGCCCGCAGCCGACAUGCAGAACAGCCUCACCGAGAAGUUCCUCAACAGGUCCAUCCAGAAGCUGGAGGAGCUGAACGUGGGCAUGGAGAGCCUGGGGGAGGAGGUGCAGUCGCUGGCCCAGCAGUGCAACGGGGCCACCCCGGCCAUGGAGGACAGCGUGGACCUGUCGGCCCCCCCGGGCCCCGAGCAGGGCCCCCCCAGCGGGGGGGGAGGGGUGCGGAGCAGCACCCCGCAGCGUGCGGCCGGGGGGCACGCCAUCCCACCGCCUAAUGAGUCCCCCGUCACCCCCCAUAGUGGGCUGAAACACAUGGAUGGCAGCAAAGGUGAUUCCCCGCGCUCCUUAGGCUCCAGUCAAGAGUCCGACCAGCCCAUAGAUCUGUUCGUGCCGGUGAACACGCUGGAGGACACGCAGGCCAUCCGCGCCGUGGCCUUCCACCCGGCGGGGGGGCUGUACGCCGUGGGCUCCAACUCCAAGACCCUGAGGGUGUGCGCCUACCCGGACACGCUGGAGACCAGUGAGUCCACUCCGUUGAAGCAGCCGGCGGUGGUCUUCAAGAGGAACAAGCACCACAAGGGCUCCAUCUACUGCGCUGCCUGGAGCCACUGUGGGCAGCUGCUGGCCACCGGCUCCAACGACAAGUAUGUCAAGGUCCUGCCCUUCAGCGCAGAGACCUGCAACGCCACAGGCCCCGACCUGGAGUUCAGCAUGCACGACGGCACCAUCAGGGACCUGGCCUUCAUGGAGGGCCCGGAGAGCGGGGGGGCCAUCUUGAUCAGCGCCGGGGCCGGGGACUGCAACAUCUACACCACCGACUGUCAGAGGGGCCAGGGCCUGCACGCGCUCAGCGGACACACAGGUCACAUCCUGUCUCUGUACACGUGGGGCGGCUGGAUGAUCGCCUCGGGCUCCCAGGACAAGACGGUGCGCUUCUGGGACCUAAGGGUGCCCAGCUGUGUGCGCGUGGUGGGGACCUCCUUCCACGGUUCAGGCAGCCCCGUUGCCUCGGUAGCGGUGGACCCCAGCGGGCGUCUCCUGGCCACGGGCCAGGAGGACAGUGCCUGCAUGCUGUACGACAUCCGGGGGGGGCGCACCGUGCAGACCUACCGCCCCCACGGCAGCGACGUGCGCUCGGUGCGCUUCUCCCCCGGCGCCCACUACCUGCUCACCGGCUCCUACGACACCAAGGUCAUGGUGACCAACCUCCAGGGGGACUUGACCAAGCAGCUGCCCGUGACGGUGGUGGGCGAGCACGGGGAUAAGGUGAUCCAGUGUCGGUGGCACCCGAACGACCUGUCCUUCCUGUCGUCCUCCGCAGACCGCACUGUGACACUCUGGACGCACAAGCCCUAGCACGCCCUAGCACACACACACACACACACACACACACACACACACACACACACACACACACACACACACACACACACACGACUAGCGUUCGAACAUGUCCAGCUCCAAUACAUUCUUUACACGCCCCCCAGCAACACACACACACACACACACACACACACACACACACACACACACACACACACACACACACACACACACACACACACACACACACACACACACACACACACACACACACACACACACACACACUACGGCUGUACGGUUUGCGUCACACAGACAUGAGUGGCCUGUCAGGCCCCCCUGGCAUGCAGCCUGCUUACUCCAGAACAAACCAGAAACCACACACACUGCACACCCACCCAGUGAACGAGGCUUGCCUCUUUUAUCCCAUGGGAAAUGGUAAUGCGUACGAAAUCUGCCAGGCAUCUAGAUGGGCCCUGAUUGGAGGGUUUUAGUCACGUGAAUGCUUUUUGGUUUGCGUUUGGCUUGCUCAGUUUCCUCCAUUUCAUUUGUUUUCAUGUGGUCAGGUCCCUCAUCUUUUUUCUUUAACCGCGCCCACUGCUCACCAGGCACAGCACUGAAUACAUGAUCUGAUUACAGCGAAUAUAAAUGAUGGUGCCUUCCUGCAGUUUCCCCGACCUAAAGAAAACUCUCAAAGAUGAACAUAAACCAUGGUCUUUUCUAAAGGUCAGGUUUUGGUUCACGGUUUUGACAUGAAAUGCAUUCCUGCCCUUCGUCCAGUCAGUCUUUCUCUAUUCUUUUUUAUAUUAUGCUGCUAUUUGGAAGUCAUUGUUGAAAUGUUGAUAUUAAGGGGGGGCUGUGAAUGUACAUUUCAAUGCAUCUAUACAUCAGGCCUUCAGGAAACUGAAUAGGUGGCAAGUUAUACAAUAGCCUAACUAUAUGUCAUUCAUUCUACCAGUACCUUCAACCUUCUCAUGUAUAGUGUAACUGUUCUUAUUCUAUAGAUCUCAGCGUUGUACAUAGUGGGAUGACCUUGUAUAAACUCGCUUGAUGUAAAUGUAAAAAACAGUGUUUCGCUCUAAAAGCUGAUACAUUGUCUUGAAAUAGCUUGCAAUUCUUUUUUUUUUUCUAACAUAUGGCCCCAAAGGGAAUUACAAAUAUGCUUUGUUGUUUAUAUUUGCAUCCUGGCGUUGGGUGCAGGAUUAACAUCGUACAGGUGGUCUACUGUGUGAGGGUUCAGUAGGUCUGAAGCUUUGGCCGUUGAAAAAGGGGUCAUUAUAUGCACAUUGAAAUCUUAAAAAGCACGCAGUUGUUUUGUCGUUCAUUUCAAUGCCAGUAUUGUAUGUUUGCACAUUUUCUUUGGAUUUUUUGUUACUAAUUGACCCUUCUAGUUGAUUAAUAUCUUAAGCUUUUUAAAUUAUUGUUCACGUAGUGUCUCUGUUGAACUAAAAAGUGGCCAAACUAAAGCAGGUGUAUUUAUUUCACUGCCUCUUCAUGUGAACUGAUGGUUCUAUGAAAUGAACGCAGCCGAUUUUCUAUGUGUUUUAUUAUGUGAUUAAGUUAAUGCUACUUAAUUGAAGUGUAAAUUACUGGUUUAUCGAUGGAAUAAAAAGGUAUAUUACACUUCAGAUGCUAAAAACAUUUUCUCCACCUUCUAUUCACAAUAAAAAGACAAGACAAUUCCCCUUCUCUGAAGAGUUGAGGCUUUAUUCCUCUGAUCAACAAAAAACAAGUGUUACAAAAGAGCACCACAAUCUGUACAUAGGUUAAAAGUUAGUUGAUAUUUUUUAUAUUAGGAGACGCUUGUCUGAAAGGGUCAAAUUCCCUGAUUGAGACAACGCCUUCAUCAGACUAAUACUCGACAUACACACAAUUAUAAAAAAAAAAUACAUGGAAAUUGCUGUACCUUUCUGGUGUCAUUUCAUGGACCUGAAUCGCUGAUAAUGCUACAUGAGUAUUAAAAAGAAGAGGGAGAAAGUGGUAGGACGGCUUUGGGAAUCCAUUUUUUCUUUUUUUUACAAAAGCUAGAAUAAAUACAUCCCAUCUGAAGUUGAGCAUCUAAAGACACUGUUUAAAAAGUGAAAUUAAAAGGAUUACAAUUUUCAAAAAAUCAAGUGUAAAAAUAAAAGCUAUCUCUGACUGCAGUGAUUAUUUGCUCUGUUAUGAUCCAUAUGCAGAAGUGCAAAUCCAGUUCAAAGUGAAACACAAUUACCCAGA